UGCGCCUUACUGUACUGACACUCACACUGUCUGGAGAGUCGGCACAGGAUCAUUCCCCGGCUUUGGCAUCAAAACAACAACAAAAACUCCAAUGUCAAACUGGGUUGCAUUUUUCCUGGAGUUGCUUUUAAGUGUGAAUGAGGAACUGAAUCCGACUUUAGUUGGCAUUUUUUGUGCGUAAUGGACCGGGGAAACAGGAAAAAAUGAUCAGAAACCAAGAUGUCCUUUUGUGCCACUUUAACGCUACCACACCUCUCCGCUGAGCAUCCCCGCAGCCACUAAAACCAUGAAAGUGGCCCUGCACCGGAUAGCAGCCACAGCGAUGACUACGUUAACAACAGGUGUGCAGUAUCUGGGUUCGAACGACGCCAGCUACGACGACCCAAUCAUUGACUCGAGUCUGACUAAAAAUGGAUUCCACUUUGAGACUCACUCUGCCUCAAUCAGUAACUCAUUCCCGGGAAAUAAGGAGAUCAUUUACGGUGGCCUUUCUCCUAUUUUCCCCACAAACAUUUCAGACAUUCUGCUGGCCAAUGGGACCUCUGUGGAAAGCGAAGGGGUUGCACACUGUGAGAACCUUGUGGACAACAUGGAGUGUUUCAUGAUCCUGACUCCGGGUCAGCAGCUUGCAAUCGCCAUCCUCGCACUCACCUUAGCUUUCACAGUCCUGGAGAACCUCAUGGUGCUGUGCGUGAUUCUACACUCCCAGACUCUACGGUCCCUGCCUUCUUACCACUUCAUAGGCAGUUUGGCUGUGGCCGAUCUGAUAGGAAGCAUCAUUUUUGUUUACAGCUUCCUGGACUUUCACGUUCUCCACAGGAAGGACAGUCCUAAUAUUUUCCUCUUUAAGCUGGCGGGUGUUAUCGGCUCUUUCACAGCUUCUGUCGGCAGUCUGUUCCUCACUGCCAUCGAUCGCAACAUCUCCAUCCACAGGCCUAUGGCGUACAAACGCAUCGUCACAAAGACCAAAGCAGUCAUCGCCUUCAGUUUGAUGUGGACCAUCUCAAUCGUCAUCUCACUGCUCCCGCUCUUAGGCUGGAACUGCAAGCGUCUAAACUCCGUCUGCUCAGACAUUUUCCCACUAAUCGACCAGAAGUACUUGAUGUUCUGGAUCGGUAUGACAAGUAUUUUGGUCCUUUUCAUUAUCUACGCCUACAUGUUUAUUCUCUGGAAGUCUCACAACCACGCUGUCCGCAUGCUGAGCCGCAGCUCCCAGCGGAGUGUCAUUGUCUACACCGCUGAAGGCACAAAGGUUCAGACUGUGAGGCCCGAGCAGGCGAGGAUGGACCUCCGUCUGGCCAAAACCCUGGUUCUGAUCCUGGUGGCUCUCAUCAUCUGCUGGGGCCCACUCCUAACCAUCAUGGUUUACGACCUCUUUGGAAAGGUGAACGACUUCAUCAAGACCAUAUUUGCCUUUUGCAGUAUGCUCACCCUGCUGAACUCCACAGUGAACCCUGUCAUCUAUGCCAUGAGGAGCAAAGACCUGCGCAGGGCCUUCCUCAACCUUUGCCAUAUGUGCCGGGGAAUGACGCAGCCUCUGGACAACAGCGGCGAGAGUGACUGGAACAUCAGGAGCGUGAGAGGCACAGCGAGCGGGGCCGGGAAAGACGGAGCCGGCUCCAGAAAGACUAGAAUGAAAGUAGCCCAGGUUACGGUUUCUGGAGUGACUGAGACUUCGACUGCAGAGCCGGUCUAAAAGACAGGGUGUGAAGCUCUGUUACAACUGUGAAGUAAACAUGAUGUAGAAUAGUCCUAAACCCUACUAGUGCACUGCCAUGUGACUGUGAAAUGUGCCAAAUCAUAACUUAGACCCUACAGAGCUGAAUAAGUUUCUGUUGCUUUAAAGCUGAAAUCUGUAAUGUUAUACACAUAGAUACACAUUCAAAUGGAUGCAGAUGACCUGAGUUAAGUAUUUUCGCAACAAUAUGAUUGACAGUCUCAUUUAUUUCCGUCCCAUGUAUAAUAAUAUAGUUGGAUUUGUGCAAGUGUAACAGUAAAAAUAAUUUGUAACUGCAACAAUAUAUGCUCUGUCUGUGUUUACUGUUGUUUUAAUGUGCAACAAUUUGCAGAUUUCAGCUUUAGGAGGG